AUGCCCGAGGAACAUUCCUUCUUCGGCAGCAAGGCAGUGGAUGAGCACUGCAGUAUUAUUAUUACCUGUGCUGCAGAAGCACCCAUGGGCAACAGUGCUACCGAGCAGACAGAAAGAGACGGUGCCCGUCGAAGGGAACCCGCCGUCUGCUCCGUGGGGCUCCCCGUCUGCCCGGUGCUAGCGAAGUUCAAGGCAAAGAAUUGCAAGAAAGGAAAAAAACGAUCAACCAGCUAAAGACCUGCUCCUUCUGCUUUGUGUUUAAUGUUUUCACUUUUCCUCAAAUACAGAGUUUGUAGUCAGGACACUGAUGGACUCUACUUGCAGAUCAAAAUGCCUGCUCCAGAGACAACUGAAAUAGAUGUAGAUGGAGGAAUUGAUCAAGACAUCUUUGACAUCAAUGAAGCUUUAGGACUAGACCUUUUUGAAGGAGACAUCAAACUUGACAGGGAACGGAACGCCAUCAUUGGUGACAAUUAUCUGUGGCCCCAUGUUAUCCCCUACGUCCUUGAUGAUAGCCUGGAAAUGAAUGCUAAGGGACUCAUUCUCAAGGCUUUUGAACAGUAUAGACUGAAAACUUGUAUUGACUUCAAACCUUGGGAAGGGGAGAAGAAUUACAUAUUUGUGUUCAAAGGAAGUGGCUGCUGGUCCUCAGUGGGAAACCAGCACGAGGGGUUGCAGCAGCUCUCCAUCGGAGCCAACUGUGACAAGAUCGGGACAAUCCAGCACGAGUUCCUGCACGCCCUGGGAUUCUGGCAUGAGCAGUCACGUUCCGACCGAGACGACUACGUGUCCAUUGUCUGGGACAAUAUUCAGCCUGGUAAAGUUCAUAAUUUUAAAAAAUAUGAUGAUACAACAUCAGACUCCCUGAAUGUUCCCUAUGACUAUACUUCUGUGAUGCACUAUAGCCAAAAUGCGUUCAGGAUCGGAACUGAACCCACCAUCAUCACUAACAUAUCAGACUUCAUGGAUGUAAUAGGACAGCGAAUGGAUUUCAGUGACUAUGAUCUCCAGAAACUGAACCGACUGUACAAUUGCUCCUCCUCCCUAAGUUUCAUGGACACAUGCAGUUUUGAACUUGAAAAUAUAUGUGGCAUGAUUCAAAGUUCAGAUGAUAACAGUGAUUGGCAACGUUUGUCUCAGGUUCCAGUUGGGCCAAAUACUGAUCACACUAAUAUGGGAACAUGCGAAGAUUCUGGCUACUUCAUGCAUUUCAACACCAGCGCUGGAGCAGAGGGAAGCACAGCUACCCUGGAGAGCCGAAUUCUGUAUCCUAAACGGGGCUUUCAGUGCUUACAGUUUUAUUUCUAUAACAGUGGUCACGAAAGCGACCGGCUGUAUGUCGGGGUCAGGGAGUAUACUUCAGCCCAUCCAAAUGGUACUUUGAGACUUAUUGAAGAGAUAAAAGGUUCACCUGCACCUUACUGGCAGCUCCAUCAUGUUUCUUUGAAUAUGACAAGUAAAUUCCGGGUUGUGUUUCAAGGCAUGAGAGGAAGUGGCUUAUCAAACGGAGGCCUCUCUAUUGAUGACAUCAAUUUGUCAGAAACUCAGUGUCCUCAUCACGUCUGGCAUAUCAGAAAUUUCACACAUCUCCUCAAUACGAGUCCAGCAGGGACAGCCGGAAAGAUAUACAGUCCACCUUUUUACUCUAGUAAAGGAUAUGCUUUUCAGGUCUGCUUGAAAGUAAAUGGUAGCACCAGUAACCCGUUUAAUUUAGGAAUGUACUUGCAUUUGAUUUCUGGAGCCAAUGAUGAUCAUUUGCAAUGGCCCUGUGCAUGGCAACAAGGUACCAUGAUUCUGCUUGACCAGCAUCCUGAUAUUCGUCAACGGAUGUCAAACCAAAGAAGUAUAACAACCGACCCCUUGAAAUUAUCAGAUUCCUCAUCAUCUUAUUUAUGGGAUAGGCCAGAUAAAGUGGGAUCCAUAGCAUCUUUUCCCAAUGGAACUACAUUCAUGAGAGGCCCAGGAAGUGGAACAAGUGCCUUUUUAACUCAUCAGAGACUUAGAAGCCGCAACUUUAUUAAAGAAGACAGUGUUUAUAUUCUUUUAACAAUGGAAGAUAUAUCACAUCUACUAUCAACUCAGCCAGGUACCACCACCAAGCCUACCACUAGGUCUACCACCACCACACCCAUCACAACAGCCUCUGUCACCCAGACCGAAGAGCCAGAGUUAGAGGUUCCGCAUUUCUGUCCAGACAACCCUUGUGAAAAUGAUGGUGUCUGCGUUAUUGUAGAUAGAGCAGCAGUGUGCAGAUGUCCAGCAGGUGACAACUGGUGGUACAUGGGAGAAAAGUGUGAAAGGAAAGGUUCAACUCAAGAAAAUACUAUAAUAGCUGUUUCUUCAACCAUAACUGUAUUUGUUGUAAUGCUUAUUAUUACUAUCACAACCGCAGUGUGCCUUAAAAAGAAAUACAGACAUGGAAAGGCACAUGGGGAGAGCGUGACUCUAGAAGAAGGGGAAAACAUGAUUAACAUGAAUAUUAUGGGAAAAUUGAAGCUGCUUGGGAGACGGGCUAUGAGAAGCAGCUUGUGGACUAAUGUAAAAAUGACUAUGGGAUGUUUAGGGGAAGGGCCAAAGGAUCCAUAG